AUGGGGAUGAUGGGCAAAAUAGCAAGCUCCAUAACCACCACAACAGGCAGCUGGAAAAAUACCAUUGUCACCGCAACAAUCGUCUUCGCCGUCCGUCUUUAUGCAAAAGUUUUCAGGCACAGCACAAUGCUCAAUAUUUACCAUCCAAAUCCUCGCAACAAGGACAUGUCCAGUGCUGCUUUCGUCCCAUACUGUGUGGUGUGCCUCCAAGAAGUGAUGAAGGGCCAAAGGUGCCGAAAGCUGCCCAUAUGCAACCAUUGCUUCCAUGUUCAUUGCAUUGAUACAUGGUUCCAAUCGCAUUCUACCUGCCCCUUAUGCAGAACUAAUCAGGCCUCGUUUGUUCAUACGCACCAACUUCGUCUCCUCCGGAAAAUGUGUAAUCCUCUGCAACUCAUCUGA